UGACGCACUAAUUGUGCGCCGCCAUCGGCGGUGGGCCUGGGGCUCGCGGGAGGGGAAGGAGGAGGAGGGGUGGUGGCGGUGGUGGUGGUGGUGGAGGUGGAGGUAGAGGUGGAGGCUAAAGCCGCGCUAGAGGCGGCCGCAGUGGGGCGGCACGAGCUUUGGCUUCGUGAAUUGAAACGGCUCCGCCUGAGGACAGCAGGAGUGGCGGGGUCGCCGCCGUCCGAAAGAUGAGCCGGAAAGCCUGAGGCGGAGACACCCGCCUUGGGGCCCGUGUGCCCGGCUUCCCCGCUCCUGGGCACUGAAAGAUGAAAGAGACUAUACAGGGGACCGGGUCUUGGGGGCCUGAGCCUCCGGGACCCGGCACCACUUACUCAAAUCCCAGGCGAGAGCGUCUUCGUUGGCCCCUACCCCCAAAGCCCCGGCUCAAGUCAGGUGGUGGCUUUGGGCCAGAUCCUGGGUCUGGGACCACAGUGCCAACUAGACGCCUCCCUGGCCCUCGGCCAUCUUUUGAUGCCUCAGCUAGUGAAGAAGAGGAAGAGGAGGAAGAAGAAGAUGAGGAGGAAGUAGCGGCAUGGAGGCUACCCCCUAGAUGGGGCCAGCUGGGGACCUCCCAGCGUCCUCGGGCUCUCCGACCCUCUCAUAGAAAAACCUGCUCACAGCGCCGGCGCCGAGCCAUGAGAGCCUUCCAGAUGCUGCUCUACUCAAAAAGCACCUCGCUGACAUUCCACUGGAAGCUUUGGGGGCGCCACCGAGGCCGGCGGCGGAACCUCGCACACCCCAAGAACCAUCUCUCACCCCAAGAAGGGGGUGCAACGCCACAGGUGCCAUCACCCUGCUGUCGUUUUGACUCCCCACGGGGGCUACCCCCACCCCGGCUGGGUCUGCUAGGUGCUCUCAUGGCAGAGGAUGGGAUGAGAGGGUCUCCACCAGUGCCCUCUGGGCCCCCCAUGGAGGAAGAUGGACUAAGGUGGACCCCAAAGUCUCCUCUGGACCCUGACUCGGGUCUCCUCUCAUGUACUCUACCCAAUGGUUUUGGGGGACUGUCUGGUCCUGAAGGGGAGCGUAGCCUGGCACCCCCUGAUGCCAGCAUACUCAUCAGCAAUGUGUGCAGCAUUGGAGACCACGUGGCUCAGGAACUUUUUCAGAGCUCGGACUUGGGCACUGCAGAAGAGGCAGAUCGGCCAGGGGAGAAAGCUGGCCAGCAUAGCCCCCUGCGGGAGGAACAUGUGACCUGUGUGCAGAGUAUCUUAGAUGAAUUCCUUCAAACUUAUGGUAGCCUCAUCCCCCUCAGCACUGAUGAAGUUGUAGAGAAGUUGGAGGACAUUUUCCAGCAGGAGUUCUCUACCCCCUCCAGGAAGAGUCUGGUACUACAGCUGAUCCAAUCUUACCAGCGGAUGCCAGGCAACGCCAUGGUAAGGGGCUUCCGGGUAUCCUAUAAACGACACGUGCUCACCAUGGAUGACUUGGGUACCUUAUAUGGACAGAACUGGCUCAAUGACCAGGUGAUGAACAUGUAUGGAGACUUGGUUAUGGACACAGUCCCUGAAAAGGUGCAUUUCUUCAACAGUUUCUUCUAUGAUAAACUCCGUACCAAGGGUUAUGAUGGGGUAAAGAGGUGGACCAAAAAUGUGGACAUCUUCAAUAAGGAACUAUUGCUAAUCCCCAUCCAUCUGGAGGUGCACUGGUCCCUUGUCUCAGUUGAUGUAAGGCGACGCACCAUCACCUACUUUGACUCACAGCGAACUCUAAACCGCCGCUGCCCCAAGCAUAUUGCCAAGUAUCUACAGGCAGAGGCAGUAAAAAAAGACCGACUGGAUUUCCACCAGGGCUGGAAAGGUUACUUCAAAAUGAAUGUGGCCAGGCAGAAUAAUGACAGUGACUGUGGUGCCUUUGUGUUACAGCACAGGUCCUGACUUGGGAGGGAUGCUCAGUAAAUCGUUCUCAUGGCCUGCUUUGUUAACACCCAGUACUGCAAGCACCUGGCCCUGUCUCAGCCAUUCAGCUUCACCCAGCAGGAUAUGCCCAAACUCCGUCGUCAGAUCUACAAGGAACUGUGUCACUGCAAACUCACUGUGUGAGCCACAUACCCCAGACCCUUAGCUCAUUAAUGGGCAGGGGAACAAGGGAGACCCUUCCUAAGAAACUCCAGUUCCUUUUUGUUUCUCCACCCAAUUCCCUUUGGAUUUUCAUAUUUAAAUGUUUGAUUUCUGUAUUUUGUUUUCUUUGCGAGUAUGUUGAUUUCUGAUGGGAAGGGAAUGGCCACAUAAAUGUCCCCUUCUCCCUUUCUAGGGGAAUGUUGCCUUGUGGCCUAGGUGAAGCAUUCACUCCUCCUUCCAUGUUCUGAGGGCAGGAAAGCAGUGUGGGGGUGGUGGGCACAAAGGGAUUACUGCCUGCCAGAUCUUCAAACUUUUUUUUAUAUAUAUAAAUAUAUAUAAAAAUGCCACGGUCCUGCUCUGGUCAAUAAAGGAUCCUUUGAAGAUA